GCUGAUGAUCAAAAAACCCUUCCCACGAUCACAAAUCCCAAAAAUACCUGUAUGAAACUGAUGCCAAGAAUUCCUCAACUUCAAUGUCACUGCACAUCUUCAAAGAAACCAUCAAGGCCUGUACUAAUAAACCGUCGUCCUCCUCGUCGUCGUCGUCGUCCAUAACCCACAACUUUGACCCCAUAAUCCCUAGGAAACCUCCAAAGUCCUCUCUCUCUCAGCAGCUUCUGCGCCUCCAAGAUGCUGACUCUCUGCCUCCAAUUCAACCCCAGAAUUCCCUUAAGCAAGCUCAAAGCCAUAGUGGCUGUGGUAAUGAAGAAGAGGAAGAAAAAGAAGUAGAGGACGACCCAGAACCCGAAGGAUUUGGGAGACCCACGAAAUUGGGUCAGUUUCAGUUUGACCAUACAGGACCCUUUGAGCCACUGGUUUUAUCUUCCCAGAGUGAAAUUCCAGUCGUGCAGGUUCCUGCAUCUAUCAACUGUAGGUUGCUCGAACAUCAAAGAGUGGGGGUGAAGUUUUUAUAUAGUUUAUACAAGAAAAACCAUGGAGGCGUUCUUGGAGAUGACAUGGGACUUGGCAAGACCAUCCAAACAAUUGCCUUCCUGGCUGCUGUGUAUGGUAAAGACGGAGAAGGUAUUUCCUCAGUACUGGAGGAAAAUGAGGUAGGCAAAAAGGACCCAGUACUAAUAAUCUGCCCCACUUCUGUUAUCCACAACUGGGAGAUUGAAUUCUCUAAGUGGGCAACCUUCAGUGUUUCUAUUUACCAUGGUGGAAACCGCGAUAUGAUCAAUGAGAAAUUAGAAGCACAUGCAGUUGAGAUUCUUAUUACCAGCUUUGACACAUACAGAAUUCAUGGCAGCAUUUUGUCUGAGGUCAAAUGGGAGAUUGUGAUUGUUGAUGAGGCUCAUCGGCUUAAGAAUGAGAAGUCAAAGCUUUAUGGAGCAUGCUUAGAAAUUAAAACCCCAAAACGUUUUGGUCUGACAGGAACCAUAAUGCAGAAUAAAAUAAUGGAAUUAUUUAAUAUCUUGGACUGGGUUGCACCAGGAUGCUUGGGAACAAGAGAACAUUUCCGGGAUUUUUAUGAUGAGCCCCUCAAGCAUGGUCAGAGAUCAACUGCUCCCCAAAGAUUUGUACUGGUUGCUGAUGAGCGAAAACAGCAUCUUGCGGCAGUUCUUCAAAGAUAUAUGUUAAGACGGACAAAGGAGGAGACUAUUGGGCAUCUUAUGAUGGGGAAGGAAGAUAAUGUCGUGUUCUGUGCCAUGAGCGAAUUGCAAAAGCGGGUGUAUAGAAGAAUGUUACAACUACCAGACAUCCAAUGCCUUAUAAAUAAGGACCUUCCAUGUAGCUGUGGAAGCCCUCUUACCCAAGUUGAAUGUUGCAAAAGGACUGCACCAAAUGGAAUCAUUUGGCCUUAUCUCCACAGGGACAACCCCGAUGGUUGUGAUUCAUGCCCCUUUUGCCUUGUCCUUCCUUGCCUUGUCAAGUUGCAGCAGAUAAGCAAUCACCUGGAGUUGAUUAAGCCUAACUUUAAGGAUGACCCGGAUAAACAAAGGAAAGAUUCAGAGUUUGCCUCGGCUGUCUUUGGCCCUGAUAUUGAUUUGGCAGGAGGGAACACCCACAGUGAGAGCUUCAUGGGCCUAAGCGAUGCCAAACAUUGCGGCAAAAUGCGAGCACUGGAAAAGCUAAUGCUAUCGUGGGCUUCACAUGGUGAUAAAGUUCUUUUAUUCAGUUAUUCUGUCAGGAUGCUGGAUAUACUGGAAAAAUUUCUUAUACGCAAAGGCUACUGCUUCUCAAGACUCGAUGGUUCUACCCCAACCAACUUGCGCCAGUCUCUAGUUGAUGACUUCAAUUCAAGCCCAAGCAAACAAGUUUUCCUUAUAUCAACUCGAGCUGGUGGCCUUGGAUUGAAUCUUGUCAGUGCAAAUCGCGUGGUAAUAUUUGAUCCAAACUGGAAUCCUGCACAAGACUUGCAGGCCCAGGACAGGUCCUUUCGAUUUGGACAGAAGCGGCAUGUUGUGGUUUUCCGCCUUCUUGCAGCUGGUUCCCUUGAGGAACUUGUUUAUUCCCGUCAGGUGUACAAACAGCAGCUGUCAAAUAUAGCUGUUUCUGGAAAAAUGGAAAAACGAUAUUUUGAAGGUGUUCAGGAUUGCAAGGAAUUUCAAGGCGAGCUUUUUGGAAUCUGUAAUUUAUUUCGUGAUCUAUCCGAUAAGCUCUUUACAAGUGAAAUCAUUGAAUUACAUGAAAAGCAGGGAGAUCAAAAUGGGCAUAGUCUUAGUACGAAACACAGAUUAACUGAACCUGGAAACAAUUUUGUUUCAUUGAAAGAAGAGGGCAUAACACGUUCAUCUCAGUCAGAAACCAGAGUGUGUAAUGAUUCUGUGACGGAUAAAGCAAGUAAACCAGUGCUUGAAGACAUGGGCAUUGUAUAUGCUCAUCGUAAUGAAGACAUAGUGAACGUCAGAGCAGAGAUUCAAGGAAAGAUAAAUAAUAGCAUUCCUCAGGAUGAUAGACUGAGCCAGCCAUGCGUCCUUCUGACAAGGAGAAGCAAACCAGAUGUUAUUGGGAAAGAGAAUGUUUCGUCAAUCAAUGACCAGAAGAGGAGGCAAUUCAGCCUUAUUGCUGAGUUCAUGGGUAUGGGAGACCUUGAAUUUAGCAAGUGGUUGCUUUCUGCAACUCCUUUAGAGAGGGAGAGAGCGCUUCGAGACUACAAAAAGAGGAAGGAGAAGAUACCUAAUGGUUGGAGCACUUCUACUGCGGAAAGAUUCUCUCUUUACCGCCUUCACCCCAUGUUUGUGUACAUUAUUGUAUCAUAAACAUGUAUUAAUUAGCAGAUUUCUCUCUCUUUUGUACAGCAUUGCACGCUUGUAAGCAUCUCUUUUGUACAGCAUUGCAUGCUUGUAAGCAUCUAUAAGGUUUUUUGUUACUGUUAUUAAAUAAUUUCAUUAGUAAAA